GGGCAAGAGCUAAAUUCUCAUCUGGCCACACUAUUUGUCGCAUAAAAAUUUGCUUGCGUUUGCUUCGUGAAAUUAAACCCGUGUUUUUUGUGUUAUUCUUUCCCCCCAUCCAGCUAAAAACCAAUCGAUAUGGCAGCUUACACCGAGGAUCAGUUGGCUGAAUUCCAGGAGGCCUUCAAUCUCUUUGACAAUCGUGGCGAUGGCAAAAUCCAACUAAGCCAGGUGGGUGAAUGUCUGAGGGCCUUGGGCCAAAACCCCACCGAGUCGGAUGUGAAGAAAUGCACCCACCAGCUGAAGCCCGAUGAGCGGAUCUCCUUUGAGGUCUUCCUGCCCAUUUAUCAGGCUAUUUCCAAGGCCCGUUCAGGUGAUACGGCCGAUGAUUUUAUCGAGGGACUGCGUCACUUUGACAAGGAUGCCAGUGGUUAUAUAUCCUCUGCUGAGCUGCGCCAUCUGCUCACCACGCUGGGCGAGAAGCUGACCGAUGAGGAGGUGGAGCAGCUGCUGGCCAAUAUGGAGGAUCAGCAGGGCAACAUUAACUAUGAGGAAUUUGUGCGCAUGGUAAUGAGCGGUUAAGUUCAGAUGCUGCGCUUCCUCUUAUAACCAUCAGCAUCAGGAUACACCACACACUAAACACACACACUAAACACACACACACUCCGACCAACCUGCCAAGCCAGCUGAGCCGUUCAUUCCGCCAAAAGUUCCACAAAAAUAAAGAAGAAAACUCCAUGAUUCCCAACCAGGACACACAUCGAAGCAAGGAUUAUUGGAGCAAACUGCUAUUCCCACUUCCCACUUUAAGAUUCCUGAUUAAUCACUAAUCAAAGCUGAGGCGUCUGUUGAAAUGCGUAUUAUUCUAAAGCAAAAAGCGAGAAAAAAAAUAGGUAAAAAUUAAGAUUGAAAGUAAUCAGUAAUUAAAAUGCCGCUUAGUUCGGUCGUUCUUUUGUACCAAUAUCAUAUAUCUAUAUAUAUAUAUAUAUUUCAUAUAUUUCAGUGGAACAUGAAAAGUAUUUCUAAACUGUAUACUAUAUAUAUAUAUCCUUGAUAUACGAGGCGUGUGUGUCGUCGUAUAUCUGAAUUUAAAAAGGCGCAUUUUGAAGUUUUACAUGUUUUAAUUCUUUUUUUUUUUUUAAUAAUUUAAUAUUUGUAUUUAAUAAAUAAUUAAAAAAGAAAAUAAAAAAACAAGCGAAUGUGUAGGUCUUUUUACAAAAGAAACGUACUUAAAUCUAUUAAACCAAUUGAAACCUAA